AUUUGUUUUUACAUAUUUUUUUAAUUAGUUACUAUUUAUUUUUUCAGCUGUAAGAGAUAUUUUAUAUAUAUAUAUAUAUAUAGGCUACAAUUUACUUCCUUGUAUUUGUCACUUGUGUUGUUUUAAAGGUUGUUAUUUGGGGGAAGUAAGAGGUAGAAGAGCUCCAAGAUGAAGGGGAGCCCUACCAGUCGCAUUAAUUUCAAUUCAUUCAUCACUAUCUGUCUUUUCCUUAAUGUUUGUUUGUCAGAAGGAGUGGUGGCUCAGUCUCAAAACACCACCGGCGACGCCACCAUCCCUGUUAAAGUGGGUGUGGUUCUUGACAUGGACUCAUUGGUUGGGAAGAUAGGGAUGAGUUGUAUGAACAUGGCCCUUUCAGACUUUUACGCCACUCAUCCUCACUACAAAACCAGGCUCGUCUUCAACACCAAGGACUCCAUGGGUGACGUCGUUGCCGCCGCCUCUGCCGCUGUGGAGUUGAUAAGGAAUGUAGAAGUGCAAGCAAUCAUAGGGCCAAGAAGUUCAAUGCAGGCCAACUUUGUUAUCAGUCUGGGAAACAAAUCUCAGGUUCCCAUCAUUUCCUUUUCAGCAGCUAGUCCUUCUCUUACUUCCCUUAAGAGUCCAUACUUUUUCCGUGCUGCCCAAAGCGGGUCUUUCCAAGUGAAUGCCAUAAGGGACAUUGUCGAGGAAUUUGGGUGGCGAGAAGUAGUGCCCAUCUACAUAGACAACCUGUUUGGGGAGACCCUUAUACCUUACUUAACGGCUGCCUUACAAGAGAUUAACAUUCGGGUCCCAUAUCUGAGUGUCAUCCCAGAGUCAGCUGAUGAUGACCUAAUUACUAAAGAACUUUACAAGCUAAUGAACAAUCAAACUAGAGUGUUCAUUGUGCAUGCGACUAUCCCUCUUGGGUCUAGGAUUUUGGUCAAAGCUGAAGAGAUUGGAAUGAUGAGUGAAGGGUAUGUUUGGAUCAUGACUGAUUCCAUGACUACUUUGUGGAGAUCGAUUAAUUCCUCGGCUAUUAAUGCCUUGCAAGGGAUUUUAGGGGUGAAGUCUUAUGUUCCCAAAUCGAAAGAGCUUGAAAACUUUACAGUUCGAUGGAAAAGGAAAUUCCAGAGUGACAAUCCAAAUGUUAAUGCUGAAAUGAACAUUAUUGGAUUAUGGGCUUAUGAUGCAACUUUUGCAGUGGCCAGGGCAGUCGAGAACGCUGGCACUGCAAACCUACGCUUCAACAGAACAAACAUUUCCGGCAGCGGUGCCACAGACCUUGAGACAUUGGGUGUCUCACAAAACGGUCCUCGGCUAAUCAAAGAAUUAUCGAAAAUUAAUUUCACAGGGCUUUCAGGAGAUUUUCAUUUUGUUAAUGGGCAGUUAGAGUCAUCUGUGUUUCAAAUAGUUAACGUAAAUGGAAAUGGGGAAAGAAGGGUGGGGUUUUGGACACCCCAAAGUGGACUUGUAAAAGACUGGAAGUCAACAAACACAAGCGCAAAGUCUAGUUCCAAGCCAAAGCUUGGCCCCAUUAUAUGGCCGGGGGAUACUAACUCGGUCCCCAAAGGUUGGAAGAUUCCAGUAGAAGGGAAGAAAUUGAAAAUUGGGGUUCCAGUGAAAGAUGGCUUUACUGAAUUUGUUAAGGUAACCUGGGAUUCUAACUCUAAAAAAGCAAAAUCAAUUGGAGGGUACUGCAUUGAUGUUUUCGACGCUGUAAUGCUUAAAAUGCCUUAUCCCGUUCCUUACGAGUAUGUUCCAUUUGCAACGCCUGAAGGAAAUGCUGCUGGUUCAUACAAUGACUUAGUUGAUCAAGUGUUCUAUGGGAUUUAUGACGGUGUGGUCGGAGAUAUAACUAUUGUGGCCAACAGAUCAUUGUAUGUGGACUACACAUUGCCAUACACAGAAUCUGGAGUGUCAAUGCUGGUGCCCGUCAGAGAUAACAAUAAGAAGAAUGCAUGGGUUUUCUUACAGCCCUUGACAUCGGAUCUCUGGGUAACCAGUGGGUGCUUCUUUGUCUUCAUCGGGUUUGUCGUUUGGGUUCUGGAGCAUAGAAUCAACGAAGAUUUCCGUGGACCACCUGCACAUCAAGUCGGCACCAGCUUCUGGUUCUCCUUCUCAACCAUGGUGUUUGCUCAUCGGGAGAAAGUGGUGAGCAAUUUGAGUAGAUUUGUGGUAAUCAUAUGGUGCUUCGUGGUUCUCGUUCUUACCCAAAGUUACACUGCUAGUUUAACGUCACUUUUAACAGUGGAGCAACUCCAGCCCACUGUAACUGAUAUAAAUCAGCUCUUGAAGAGAAGGGAAAGUGUUGGUUUUCUAAGUGCCUCAUUUGUUAAGGAUAUGUUAUUGGAGAUGAAAUUCGAUGAAUCCCACAUCAAGAAAUAUGGAACUCUUGAAGAACUCCAUGAUCUUUUCACCGAAGGCAGUGCCAAAGGUGGUAUCUCUGCUGCUUUGGAUGAAAUCCCUUAUAUUAAGCUAUUUCUUUCAAAGUACUGUGGCAAAUAUACUACCGUCAAACCAACAUUUAAAGCCGAUGGCUUUGGCUUCGUUUUCCCAAAAGGAUCUCCUCUUGCAGCAGAUGUUUCGAGGGCAAUCUUGAAUGUUACUCAAGGUGAUGAAAUGCAAAAAAUUCACAACAAAUGGUUCAACAACGCUACUUGUCCUGAUUUCGACCCCACUGUUUCAUCGAACAGUCUUGGCCUCGAGAGCUUUUGGGGCCUUUUCCUCAUUGCUGGGGUUGCAUCGAUAUCUGCGCUCAUCAUUUUUGCAGCAAUGUUCUUGUAUGAACAAAAGCAUGUCUUGUUUCAGUUCUAUCCCGAAAAUUCAGUGUGGAGAAAAGUUCGAACCAUGUUUAGAAUCUUUGAUCAGAAAGACCUGAGCUCCCAUACUUUCAAAAAAACUGAACCCAGAGAUGCAAGCUGCAAUUGUAGUGUUCAUAGUAUAGGCGCUUAUGGAAGCUCAACAAAUACUAACUGCCCGCCAAGUCCAUCAGUUGGGUCGAACCAGAUAGAUCCUUCAGACUUAGUUUUCUUGGUAGAACAAGGCUCAGUUACAGAUUCUCCAGAUAUACCCCCAUCUCCAGAAAGAUCUUCUAUUGAGCUUGCUGAUUACAGUCAUGGCCAAUAAGAAGAUUUGAUGAUUUAGAUAUUGUCGCACAGUUGAACGCAUUACUCAAAGAUUUAUGUAAACGGUUGUGUAUAUAGUAUAAUUAAGUAGGAUCCUAAUCUAGCUAUUUUGCUGCUAAAAUAAACCCUAUUUUAAGUAAUUACUUGGGAUCCAAGUUUAAGUAAUUACUUAGGCUACUCUUGAAUGAGUGAUAAGAUUGAUUAAAAGUAA